UGAGUCAUUCUGCACUCUAGAUACGUUAAUUGCAUUAAAAAUUCUAAUUUUAACCGUAAUGGCGGAUUAAUUUGUGUUAAUGUGUUAAUUUUGGAAGCACUAAUUCAUAUGUGUUAUUCUUUAAGACUUAACUAUUAACAUUUUGCACAAGUGUUUCAAGUUCAUUACAGACUUGCUGGUUCUUUUAUUAAUCAGCUAUCAUGACCAUGGUAAUAAAUUACUGCUUAUUACCACAUUAUUACUUUCUGUAACUAACAUACAAAAAUGCACAUAAACAUGCUUACUUAUUCCCAAUAUUGUCGCAGUUACCUGCGUGCAGUCUCUCGUCUCUGGACAGCUGACAAGAGCUGGCUAAACAACAACAGCUGGUUUAUGACGUAACCUUGUGCCAGUGUAGCAGAUUUCAAAUGGAAUACUGCGUUGUGACGACAGACACAGACUGGUCUGUUGGAAACUGGAUUUAUUUUCUAAAAGACAGUUCAGCAGCAAAAUCAGUGUCACACAGCAACAGCAGGCCUCUCCUUAUCCCUGUUUAGCACAAGGAACACAUAAACGGAUGGUGUAACAGAUAAAAGGCAGUUCCAAUUACUAUUUUCCUCGUUCAAAGUAAUCAAAAACACUUUGGAGCCCUUUAGCCAUAAAAACUAAUACUUAGUAAAGAAAAAUACACCAAAUUUAAACAUAUAAUAGUACAGGGAGAGGAGCUACAGUCAUGCAAUUCAAUUUAAUUCAAUUCAUUUUUAUUUAUAUAGCGCCAAAUCACAACAAAAGUCGCCUCAAGGCGCUUUAUAUUGUACAGUAUACUAUUAUAUUGUACUACUAUACUAUAAUAAUUGUCGCACUGACCUAGUAGGUGUGGCUGUUACUCUUCUCUUCCUCCUCCUGCACUACCUGCUCUGCGCUGCUGCUGAUUAGACCUGGUGCGCGCUGCUCCGCCAGGUGAGCUGAAUUAGAGCAAUCAAGGGCUGGCAUGCCUAGUAGACCUUAAAAUGCAUGUAGCAGUCAUUUGACCUGAGUGCGACAUACUGAGAGGACAGCAAACAAAGCAAUCCACUUUCCACUGUGAGGAAGACUUUGAGCUAGACGGGCUAUCGGUUUUUCACCUAUCUAGCAAAACAGCUACCUACCUGAAUGAACCUGAAACUGGUCAAAAAUAAAUGGAGUGAAAUUCAAAGUCUGGUCUUUUUCAAGUGUAGGCUCCUCACAGACAGAGAACACUUGACAGUGAAAAACCGGCCUGGCCAGUAAAGAAACCGGCCUUGACCAGUGAAGACUCCACAAAAGCUCACCACAAAGACGGAGAAGACUCCACCUGGGGGCCUGGAGGAAAUCGCAACUUUCCGUUUGCCUGUCCAACCAAUAACCAAGAAAGCAGCAUGGCUGAGUCCAAGUCACUCGAAGAGCUGAAAAUAGAGUGAACCACUGCAAAAAGACUGUUUUCCAGACUCACCAACCAUAUAAUAAGGACUCACAUGGAUACGUCUGUAGAGGAGCUGCAGGAUUCCUUCAAGAGACUCACAGCAGAGGGCUCCAAAGUGAUUGACGUGAAUGAGGAGCUUGAGGCCACCUACAUCACGCAGUGUGAAGCAGAGGGCACACCGGAGCUGAUGGGCCAACAGAGAGCAGAUGUCGAGAAAAUGGAGAAAGAAUGUGAGCAGAAGUUGAAGGAGGCGAAGCACCUGAUCAGAGAGACCCUGUGGACAUCAUAUGGUGAAAGAGAACUGACCCUUGCUCUAAAAUCAGCAGAAAUGGAGUGUGAGAACGUCUCAUCCACUCAGCCUGAUGCACCCCUGGAGGCAUAUGAUUUUAUGCUCCACCAUCUAGAACUGGUGAAGAAAGCUAAGCAGGCACACCAGACAUGGAACCGCAGGACUCCACCUGCUGAGAGGCGAGAUUGUGAUCGUCGACUAAUGGAGCUCGAAACCUGCCUUCCAAAGCUUGUGUCAGGGAAAGCAGCCCUGAUCAAAGCAGAGAGAAUUAAAAGAGAUGCCGACCAAGCAGUUGUCACAGUCCGCAACGCAGCCCCGGUCUCAGCCAUAAAACUGAAAGCCACAGCUUUACCAAAGUUCACCGGCAGCCAGCGUGAGUUCUACAGAUGGCGGAAGGAAUGGGAGGCUCUGCAAAAGCAAGGUGAACCAACCGGGUCCAUGGAAGUAAAGAAAUUCCAACUUCUCGAUAGCCUCGAUGAUAAAGUGGCCAAAGAUCUGCGCCUGUCCACAUACACCUCGGCAGAUGAGAUCUUCAGAGUCCUUGAGAACUGCUAUGGAAAUCAAGCCACCAUCGCCAUUGAAAUCAUUGAGGAGCUUCAAGCUAUCCCUCCUGUCCGUAGCAACCAGCCUAGAAGAAUAAUAGAGCUUAUCCACGCAGUUGAAAAGGCCCUCUAUGAUUUAAAUGAGCUGGAUAAAGCAAAUGCCAUGAAGAACCUAUUAGUAAUAAAGUCUAUUGAAAGCAAGCUGCCUGAGUCCCUAAAGAAAGACUGGCUUACCCACGCUGCUGAUCCAAAGAAUGCUGUGACUCAUCAGAAUCAGUUUGACAAGCUGCUCGCCUACCUCCAAUCUCAAGAGUCCAUCUACGAGCAGUUAGACCAGCUGAGAGACAUCGACCCUGCCAAGGAGAGAACAAAGUUCCCAAUAAAGUACGCCCGUACCAAGUCAGUUAAAUCCAGUACUGAUCCAGCAGGCUGCAUCAUCUGUGGGGACCCGAAACACAAGAGAAAGCUCUACAUCUGCAGACGGUUUAGAACCAACACAAAGUUACAGGAGAAAAAAGAUGCAGUGCAGCAACUUGGAGCCUGCAAGAGGUGCCUCGAGAUCCACGACGAACCCUGCAGAAAGACGACUUACCUGUGCCGAAAUCCAGAGUGCAAAGACCAGCAUCAUUACCUUCUUUGUCCCUUGCCACGACCCUUAUCACAAAGGUCCAAGUCUGGUCCGGUGAGAGCUGAGAGGAGGAGGUACACAGAGGUUCAAGAAGAGUUCAUCUCUAAACUAUCGCCAGAGCUAGCACAGCAGUGUCGGGAAGCUUUCUGCAACAUCUCAUCACGAGCCUUCAACUCCAUGGCAGCAGAGAGAGGUCUACUGGAGGAGACUGGUCUAAAAGAGUACCCUGUGAUUCUGAUGCUCCUUGACGUCAUUGCCAGUGAUGGACAGAGAAUUGGGACACUAAUUGAUCUAGCAUCUGACACAAAUUACAUAAACCACAAAGCUGCAAGUAAGCUCAACCUUCGCAGUGAAGACGUCAUGCUUGUCAUCCACGGUGUCGGAGGUAUGAAGGUGUCUGUGGCAACCAAGCGCUACCUUCUCAAGAUCCGUGUCAACACCUCGAGAGGAACUUUAAAGCCUCACCAGUUAGUCUGCUAUGGUCUUGACAAGAUUGCUGAAGUGAAAAGACACGUUCCACCUCAGAAGCUACAGAAGAUCUUCCCGGACGUCCCGCUCCGAGACCUCGUCAGACCCAGGGAGAUCCAGCUUCUAAUCAGCCAUAAAGAAGGCCAGCUGGUGCCCAAAAAGAUCCGCUCCAUCGGUGACCUGGUGCUCUGGGACGGUCCACUUGGCAAGACAAUCGGGGGCACGCAUCCAGACCUCUUUGAGGAAGUCACCUUGAUGGCCCACACCUCCAAGACUCACUUCGCAAGAUCAAUGAGAGCUGCUGCAUUCAAGUACCAAGAGUUCACUAAAGACCUGGCUUCCUGUCAGCAUCCUGGUCACCCUGAGACUCUAUCCACCACAGCUACCAGCAGCAGAGACUUUCUGAAGUGGUGGAGGUGGGAAAGCAUCGGAGCCGCUUGCCAGCCGAGAUGUGGAGGGUGUCGUUGUGGGAACUGCCAGCCAGGGGGGUAAAGAAAUGACGCUCGCUGAAAA